AUGUCUCGGCAGUCUGUCUGCAGAAGCUUUGGAGGCGGGAGUAGAAAGGGCUACAGCUCUUGCUCUGCCAUCGGUGGUGGCUUUGGAGGAGGUGGCGGCAGAAGCAGGAUCAGUUACAGUUCCUACUCCUCAUCCAGGGGAGGUGGAGGAGGUGGACAUUGUGGAGGGUAUAGCAGCAGAAGCCUCCAUAACAUGGGUGGCAGCAGAAGAAUCGCUGUGGGUGGAUGCUACGGUGGUGGAGGAUACGGAGGCAGAAUGGGUGGCUUCGGUGGAGGCUACGGAGGAGGAAUGGGUGGGUUUGGUGGAGGAAUGAGUUGCGGAGGAAUGGGUGGCUUUGGUGGAGGAAUGGGUGGUGGUGGAAUGGGUGGUGGUGGAAUGGGUGGCUUUGGUGGAGGAAUGGGUGGUGGUGGAAUGGGUGGUGGUGGAAUGGGUGGCUUUGGUGGAGGAAUGGGUGGUGGAGGAAUGGGUGGCUUUGGUGGCCCUGGCUUCCCUGGAGGCAUCCACCCAGUGCAAGUUGACCCAUCUCUCCUGCGGCCGGUCCAUGUUGAGAUUGACCCCCAAAUCCAGCAAGUGAAAAACCAGGAGAAGGAGCAGAUCAAGACUCUUAACAAUCAGUUUGCCUCCUUCAUUGACAAGGUCCGCUUCCUGGAGCAAGAAAACAAGGUCCUCUCCACCAAGUGGGAGCUCCUCCAACAGCAAGGGCCUUCAGGGCCAAGGAAGAACCUCGACGUCAUCUUUGAAAAUUACAUCCAGAACCUGAAGAGGCAGCUGGACUCCAUCUUGGCUCAGAGGGGACAGCUGGAGUCGGAACUGCAGAACAUGCGUCAAUACGUGGAGGAGUACAAAACCAAGUACGAAGAAGAAAUCAACAGGCGCACCGCUGCUGAGAAUGAGUUUGUGGUGCUCAAGAAGGAUGUGGACUGUGCCUACAUGACGAAAGUAGAGUUGGAAGCCAAGGUGGGAGCUCUGACCGAUGAAAUCAACUUCCUGAGAUACGUCUAUGAGGAGGAACUGUCUCAGAUGCAGACAAUCAGCCGGGACCUGUCUGUGGUGGUGUCUAUGGACAACAACCGGCACCUGGAUCUGGACAGCAUCAUCGAGGAGGUCAGGCGCCAGUACGAGCAGAUCGCUCAGAGCAGCAGAGCUGAAGCUGAGGCGUGGUACCAGAGCCGGUAUGAAGAGCUGCAGAGCACUGCGGGAAGGCAUGGGGACAGCCUGCGCAACACCAAGAUCGAGAUCCAAGAGUUGACCCGGAAUGUCCAGAGGCUGCGGGCUGAGAUUGAGAACAUCAAGAAGCAGAACCAACAGCUGCAGUCAGCGAUUGCUGAGGCUGAGGAACGGGGUGAGAUGGCCCUCAAGGAUGCCAGGGUAAAACUGGAAGAGCUGGAAUGUGCCCUGAGCAAAGACAAGGAGGAGCUGGCUCGCUUGCUGAAGGAGUACCAGGAGCUGCUGAACAUCAAGAUUGCCCUGGACGUUGAGAUUGCCAUGUACAGGAAGCUGCUGGAGGGAGAGGAGAACAGGCUGUGCAACGAUGGCAUGUCCAACGUCAAUGUCUCUGUGGUAGGCAGGACCACCAUCUCUGGAGGCAGAGGAGGCAUGGGAGGAGGCUUCGGAGGUGGCAGCGGCAUGGGAGGAGGCUUCGGAGGCAGCAGCGGCAUGGGAGGAGGCUUCGGAGGCGGCAGCGGCAUGGGAGGAGGAAUGGGAGGAGGCGUAUGUGGAGUAGGAGGUGGCUUCGGAGGUGGAAGCAUGGGCGGCAGCUGUGGCAUGGGAGGAGGAAUGUACGGCGGCGGCUUCUCUUCGGGAAGUGGAAGGGUGUGCGGCUCUGGAGGUGGCAACUUCAGCUCCGGUGGCGGAUCGUCCUCCGUACGGAGAUGUGUCACGACCACCUCUGUCAAGUCUUCAGGAGUGAGGUUCUGAGCCCCAAAGCCAGACUGAAAACGGAAAGAAGCAUCUCCUAUCUUCUCCCAGCAGCAGCCCAGCCUCCUUAAAUCCAGCUCCGACAUCCUGCAAUGAAUUGAACUGUGUCCCUCAUGGCCCACCACGUACCAGCUCGACGACCUGGCUUGGUCCCAUCCAAGGAGACUCGUGGCAACGCCGUGUCCCGUUACCAGCCCUGGUGAGCUGCUCGUUAGCCCCAAGCCCAGUGAUGAAAGAAUUGUCUGAGCAAAGAAAAGCCUCACCCGUGGAUACCCAGCGCGGAGAGCUGAUUUACAGGAGGGAAACGCUCUGCCUCUCUUGCUGUGUUGUACAUUUCUGGCUGCCUCGUGGCAAAUGUGUAUAAAACUCCUCUUUCCUCCGCUGUUCUCAUGUCCCCUCCUCAAUGGCCAUAUCCCUGGGGUGCUUCUGCGUGCAGUACAUCUGCUGCUUCCAUUCACUGGCCUUCGGGCCAGGGUAGGUGUGGGGCAGGCGGGACUCCUCCCUUGGCAGAGCCAGGGAGGGAGCAUUUUCCAUUUUCUCGGCCGGUGGCCAGAGGGAUUAAUUGCCCCAGGGUGGAGCACCCGGGCAGCUUUGCUCGCCUGGUAGCCCCAGGUGUGCUGGAAGCAGGCGCUCCCUCUGGAGCAGCGGCUUCCAGUUCCCCUUGUCCUUGCCCUCCAUCACCCCUGGUAACACCUCAGGCACACGUGGACUUUUCCUAAGGAGAACACAACUUGCUCAUCAGUGACAGGGCCCCCGUGACAUGGAACAAGAUGUACUGUC